AUGAAGCUCAUCAAGUUUAUCACUUGUAUUUUCGGCAAGACCCAACAGGCAACAGUAGAGACUGCUACGAUUCUCUGCCACUGGACAAAGAAGUUGGUGAUGGAAUUCGCUAAACUUCUGCACACUAUUCGUGAAGAAGGAGGCAGCAAAUCAUCCGAAGCUGAAGUGUUUUGUGUACUCCCUUUCCUUCAGCUCCUUGCAAUGCAUCGUGUUCACACGGCAUCCAAACUUCUGGCAGCAUAUGUGGCGAUUUUGAAUGAGUCGCAGUCUUGUAAUGGAUCUCGGGAUGAACUUUUCAACUUUCUCAGACUGCUCUGCAAUUCACUUAAUCUUCAUGAUGUGAAACUUUUCGAUCAUUUGUUAGAGGCGUAUAAGCCUCAUCUGGAUGUGGAUCCUACUUACCAUAGCUACCUGGAGAGAAUCGGACAAAUUUUCUUUGGAAAUCCUCCGAAGAACAAAAACGACUCAUUUGGUCUUUUUGGGAAUAUCCUGAAAGGAGUACUUGGUGAGAAAAAGGAAGAAGAUGAGAUCUUCUCCGACUCGGACUUCGAAGCCGGAUCGAUACAUGCAGGAAGAGAUGAGACGGAAGACGCUUACGAGACUGCGGAAGAAUCGGACAUGACCGAAUGCGAUCACCAUGAAGGUCAAAAACGCGCUACAGAAGAGAUCUUCGACGAUCUCGAUUAA